GUACGAUCAACCCCGAGUAGCUUGGGUUGUCGCGGUCGCAAGUGCGGGUGGACUGGGGGUUUGAGGGGGUCAUGUGGGCAGGGACACACAGGAAGAGUGGCUAACUAAGACGAGAGAGAGAGAGAGAGAGAGAGAGAGAGAGAGUCAUGUGGGCAGGGACACACAGGAAGAGUGGCUAGCUAAGAGAGAGAGAGAGAGAGAGAGAGAGAGAGAGAGAGAGAGGGGUGGAUUGACUGAGUGGCAAGAAGUGGGCAGGAGGAGCGACGAGCAUCCGUUGCCCGCCAUAGCCAGGAGGCGGCGGAAGGCGAGGACGCCGCGAUCGGCUUCCUCCACGCAGCAGACCCAUGGCGACCGAGGAAGACAGCACCGUCAAGGAACCGUUAGACCUGAUCCGUCUGAGUUUGGACGAGCGGAUUUACGUGAAGCUACGCGGCGAGCGAGAGCUGCGAGGAAAACUCCAUGCGGAGAUCCUUGCUCUCGACAACUCGGUAGCUCAUCUCCAAGACCGCCUUCAGCGGGUGGAGCAGCGACCAGUCGCCGCCGUCGAUGCAGGCUCUUCCAACACUGUCGACCGCCUCACCGCAUUGGAGAUGCGCGUCGGCUCCCUCCAGGAUGGCGCACAGUUACAGCAGACCGCGACGCAACAAUUGCAGCAGCGGAUCUGCACCACCGCCACUACCUCGAGUCCAGAGCCGCGCGAGACAACUCCUAAGUUCGAUGGGCAGGAGAUCUUCCACGACUCAAUCAAGACAGAUCCAAUUCCAUGGUUUCGCAAGUUCGAGCUCACAUUGCAACUCCACAACGUCAAGGAAAACAAGCACCUUGCUUACUUGUACUCUCGCUCAGGGGGCGCGUGUCAGGCGUGGUUGAACAACUUGUUGUCCAAGUACGGAGUGGUAGCAGCGGACUUGCACACCAUGAUCAGCUGGGAUGAUCUGAAGGCGACGUGGCACAAGCGCGAGGAGGAGCUUGAGGUACUCCGCGCACAACUCGAUGAUUUGUUGGCCAAGGGCUGGAUCUGCCCGAGUAGCUCCCCAUAUGGAGCACCAGUUCUCUUCGUCAGGAAGAAGAACAAGGAUCUACGAUUGUGCAUCGACUACCGCAAGCUCAACGCGCAAACCGUCAAGAAUGCGAGGCCUCUUCCUCGCAUCGACAAUCUUCUCGAGCGGCUGGGCGGUGCGAAGUAUUUUUCCAAGCUCGAUUUGAAAUCAGGAUAUCAUCAAGUCUCGAUUCAACCUAAUGAUCGCUACAAAACUGCAUUCAAGACGCGGUACGGGCAUUUUGAGUGGGUGGUGAUGCCUUUUGGCCUCACCAACGCCCUAACGACAUUCCAGGCGGCGAUGACCAAUGAGUUCCGUGCAAUGUUGGACCGGUUUGUGCUGGUCUACUUAGACGAUAUUCUCGUCUACAGUCGGACAUUGGAGGAUCAUCUUGGACAUCUUCGACGAGUGUUGGAGACGCUCCGCCGUGCCAAGUACAAGGCCAACCGCGACAAGUGUGAAUUUGUCCGGCAAGAGCUGGAAUACUUGGGCCAUUUUGUCACACCGGAGGGCAUCAGUCCGUUAUCGGACAAGAUUCAGGCCGUCCAAGAGUGGUUGGAGUCUCGGAACGUUACGGAUGUGCGCUCGUUCCUCGGUCUUACCGGCUACUAUCAACGCUUCAUCAAAGGCUACUCCAUGAUUGCGGCCCACUUGAACAAGCUUCAGUGCGAGGAUCGGCCGUUUGACUUUGGAGAGGAGGCGCGGGGAUCAUUCCUCGCUCUCAAAGCCGCGCUAUUGUCUGCGGAGGUCUUGCGGAUAUACGACCCGCUCACGCUUACACGUGUCACUACGGAUGCGUCAGGCUAUGGCAUUGGUGCAGUCCUCGAGCAACAUGAUGGUGUGGACUGGCACCCGGUCGAGUACUUCAGCAAGAAAGUGCCACUCGUGCAUUCCAUUGACGAUGCACGCAAGAAGGAGCUCCUCGCCUUCUUCGACUUCUUUCCCGAUCACAUUCCCAGGAAGUCGAACCGUUUUGCGGAUGCUCUUUCACGGUGUUCGGAUCAUUGUACCGCGGUCUACUCAACCUUCGAGAUCGAUGACGACCUGCGGAACAGUUUCAUCCGCGGCUACCAAGCCCACCCCGAGUUUCGCGACAAGUACGCGAAUUGCUCCUCUCCUACUCCGGCUCCUUCUCACUACCGGAUCCAAGAGGGGUACUUGCUUGUCCACACACAGAGGAAGGACCUUCUUUGCGUACCAAGUGAUCCUCACUUGCGUACACGGCUUCUUGGCGAGUUCCACGAUGCUCCCGCCACCGGACACUUUGGAGUCAAUCGCACGAUUGGCCGACUUCGCCAGCGAUUUUGGUGGCCCGGCCUUCUUGGCGACGUCACGCGCUAUUGGGAGUCAUGCGAGGUUUGCCGACGUUGCAAAUCCCACAACCAUCGUCCGUACGGUGAGUUACGACCAUUGCCAGUCCCGUUGAGGCGAAGGGAAGCGAUUGCCAUGGACAUUACCGGCCCGUUCCCCAAGCACAAGACCGGAGUGGAUGGGAUUCUUACGGUGGUCGACCGACUCACCACGUUGGCCAUGUUUUUGCCUUGUCGCUAUCACGCCAAGGCACCGGAGUUGGCCGAGGUUCUUUACGCCGGUUGGAUUCGAACCAAGGGUUACCCCAAGGAGAUCGUCUGCGACCGCGACACUCGGUUUAUGUUUGAUUUUUGGUUGGCGCUCAUCAAGCGAUGGGGCUCAUCUCUCAAGCCCAGUUCAGCUCGCCACCCUCAGACCGAUGGCCAGACGGAGAGGGCGCAUCAGACCGCACAGGUUCUUCUUCGCACUCUCAUCCGCCCUGACCAGAAAGACUGGGUUGAGCGACUGCCGGACGUCGAGUUGGCCUACAACUCUUCCAUCCACCCGGCUAUUGGGAUAUCACCCUUCGAGUUCGAGCACGGCUCGCUGGUCACGUCACCGUUGGACACUAUUACUCCACGCACGACCAUCUUCUUUUCUUUGCUUCCGGAUGCAAGAGCUUCUUGUCAAGGCACGCGACCAGAUGGCUAAGACGCAACAACGCAUGAGCCAGCAGGCCAUUUGCCAGCGUCUUCCUUGUCCAUUCCGCGU